CAUGCCUGCACCCGCGCCCGAAACCACGCCCUCAAUCUGGCCGCAUACGGGAGUUUUCCUUCACAAUUAUUUCUCCUAAAAACAUAAUAAUUAAUGACUUUUUUUGUCAUUUCGCUGGUAGUCGUCAAAAACGUAUAAAAUUGUCAUUGCUUGUGACGUAUCCUCGCUGGUUCCCACAGUACUGAAUUAUUGUACGAAUCUCCAUAUAUACACAUGUACGUGUGUGUGGUUGGUUGAUGACCGAAUGCCAUCGAUACUUUGAUUAUUUCCGGCCAAGUGACAGUAUUUAUCACGGGGUGAAUCAUAUGAUUGACAUUUUAUGAAAUGCAACAAGAUGGCGUUCCCCGGCAAGGGAGAACACUUUUCCUGACAAUGGUUCGGAUGUGACUUCGAAAACAUGAACUGGAACUUGUGAUCAACAGAACCGAGGAGGAAACUGUCAAGUACAACUUCAUUUGUAAGCAAAAGCACCGUGCCCUUUUUUCUGGAAAAUUCAUGUACGCAUUGACACUGUGGUAACAGUGUUCAACUCAGAAAUACACAAAGUGUUCUUGAAUUGCAAAAAGGAGAACAAGCAAGAGAAGAGUGUGAUGUUCAACAGACGGCUGGGCUGGUAAUUUGCUGACAUUGAUCGCUUGUUAACCCAUCAAUGCCGGAACAAUUAAAAGACUCCUUCCCGUGGAAUAAGAACACCUGUAAAUGAGCCUGGAAACUACGCACAUGUAUGCAGCACAAUGUAAACGGACAGACAUUUCAAUUAGAAGCUUGUUAAGACUUGUUAACUGAGUCGGGCAGCUAUGUGCUUGAUCCACACAAGGGAAUUCAUGUAUGCGUACAUCCUGUAGUUUGUACAGCAAUUACCGUGAACGGCCUGUCUGUGAGUUGUCGUCAGUUUUUGCAGGGGCUGAUGCCAACAUAAUGUCUGCCUACGUGGAUCAGCAUUACAUUAAAUGCCUGCAGAGGACACGUGAGGAAAGAAGUCAACAGAACCUUGAUUAUAUUAUAUCAUUUCUGCACACCUUGGAAGCCUUGCGGUCCCUUCGUGAACCUGCCCUACGAGAGAUUGCUAAGAAUGUCCGUUACAUCAAGAAAGAAGCCAAUGACAUCUUGUACUGUCGAGAUGAUCGCAGCACGUGUUGGUACAUCCUCUUGUCAGGCUCUGUCUUCAUUGAUCAGGCCAUGUUCCUACCUCGAAGCAGCUUUGGCAAGCGUACAUCAGGCAGUGGGCGUAGGGGCGCUGAUUGCCUCAUCUUAGAGGCCUCCGAACUACUUGUGAUUGACUACCCUGAUGCCCAUCUCAUGAAGCCUGGCCAGCGCCAGUCCUAUACCCCCACUAACCUAGAACGACUCAUGGCCCUAGAACAGGAAGAGGUACAGGUGCCCGCUGUACGAGGGCGCUCUUUCAGUGAGGAUCGUUCCAUUUCAUUCAGCAGUGACAGUAAUGUGACUGCACUGCCAUCCAUCAGGUUGGAACGGACACAGUCAUUGGACAGUGAAAAGAAACACUCCAAGAAGACCAUGGAGGACAUCCCGACCCUCUUAAGUGACAUGGACGACACUACUUCCGUGGGUCACCACCACCAUCUCCCCGUGAUGGCACCUUCCGCCUGCUACAGUGACCGUAGCUCCAUCCACAGCAGCAUGUCUAGCAGCUUCUCAGACCUGUACCAAGCUGGUAGUUGCAAUGAGAAUCCAGACCUAGACCUGACAGGAUUGGUGGAAAGCACGGUGGACUCAGACGAUGAGGAUACAGUCAGUGAAUCAGCCUCGACGCUUGUAGUCCGAGACUUUGUCCGAGAUUGCUUGGAGAAGGAUCCCAUGGACAGGACAGAGGAUGAUAUAGAAAUCCUACUGGAUUUUAUGCGUCACCUACCAGCCUUUGCCAACAUGACAAUGUCAGUACGCCGGGCGUUAUGUGCCGUCAUGGUGUUCGCUGUGGUUGCCAAGGCAGGCACCAUUGUCAUGAAGAAUGAGGAAGAGUUGGAUUCCUGGUCUGUCAUUCUUAAUGGCCAUGUUGAAGUGACUAAAUCUGAUGGCAGCAUAGACCAGCUGCAUCUUGGAGAUAGUUUUGGUGUCAAGCCAACUUUAGAGACCCAGUUUCAUGUUGGUGUCAUGAAAACGACCAUCGAUGAUUGUCAGUUUGUCUGCAUUGCUCAAGAUCAUUACUACAGAAUACUGACGCAGGGAGAGGAGAAUAUACGCCGCAUUGAGGAGAAUGGACAAGUAGUCAUGAUAACGGAACACAGGGUACUAGAUGACAGAAGGCAGGGCCAUAUACUAAUUAAGGCCACCCCAGAGAGGCUGAUCUUGAAUCUGAUGGAAGACAGCUCCCCUGUUGACCCGACCUAUGUAGAAGACUUCCUGAUGAGUUAUCGUAUCUACCUCCCCAGCCCACACCAAGUGUGUGACAGUCUGCUUCACUGGUUUCAAGACGUCAACCUAAGGGACAAGGUGACCCGGGUACUACUGCUCUGGGUCAACAACUACUACAGCGACUUUGAGCGAUCACCGGAUAUGAUAGAGUUUCUAGAGACAUUUGAGGACUGCUUAGAAAAAGAGACCAUGGCUGGUCAGCUGAGGUUACUGCACAUAGCAGGAGCUGCCAAGGCUAAACCUAGGACCGUUGUGCUGGCUCGGUCAGACCGGGACUCCAAGCUAUCUUUCUCCAUUGUGGGCGGCUGGGAGAAGAAGAUGGGAAUCUUUAUCUCCAAGGUAGAGCGUGGCUCCAAGGCACAGACGGUGGGGCUGCGUAAGGGAGAUCAGCUACUAGAAGUCAAUGGUCACAGCUUUGAGCAUGUCACCAGGACCAAAGCCCUGGAGAUACUCAAGGGCACUACCCAUCUCAGUAUUACGGUCAAGUAUAAUACACUAGCAUUUCGGGACCUGAUUGCAUCUCAGGACGGAGCUGGUCGCAGUACCAACUGGGGCCGUUUGCCCAGCCAGGAGAUUCAGCUGCUGCAGGCUGAUCCCCGAGCCAGGCUGACCAUCCCAGACCUAGCCCUGGCUGUCCCUUUGUCUCAGAUGUCACCUGAGAUCAAAGCCAAGAGCAAGCAUGAGAAGAGGGGUGGUUUCGCCACAUUGGGACACAAGACCAAAUUGCGCAAAGCCAUGGCCAAACUCAGUAUCUUACCCAAUAAGACCACAGCAAGGACCCAAGAUGACUCCUCCACCCUGAUGCGGCAUUCCAAGUCAGGCAGCAUUACCGGCAGCAAUCCCUACCUAAGUAACAGCAACCCAGACCUGUCUUCUAUUGCCUCCAUACCCAUGUAUGAAUCCAGCACCUAUAUGGGAGGCAAUGACUACCCAGAGCAUGUACUCAAGCUCUACCGAGCUGACCAGUCCUGCAAGUACUUCCUGGUCCACAAGGAGACGACAGCAUUAGAAGUUGUGAUGCUAGCCAUGCGGGAACAUGGAUUGACCGAAGCAGCUAGCUCUGGUACUUACUCCCUCUGUGAGGUGACCGUCGCUCCCGGUGGGAUGGUCAAGCAACGCCGACUGCCAGACCAUCAGAAUGAUAUCGCCAGCAGACUCAGUCUAUGUGGCAGGCUCUUCCUGAGAAACAACAUGGCUUCAGAGACCCUCAUGCCUGAUGAGGUUGCUGUGGAGUUGUUAAAGGACAGCCAGGUCACCUUCCUUCAGUUGGAUUCCAACGAAGUUGCAGCUCAGCUGACAUUACGAGACUAUGGCAUCUUCCAAGAGAUUGAGGCUACUGACUACAUCGAGGACCUCUUUGUACUGCAGGCCAAGGGCUCCAAUGACAGGCUGCAGUUAUUUGAAGAGAUUGUGAAUAAUGAGUUAUUCUGGGUGGUGACAGAAGUCUGCAAUGAGCUCAACUUAGUCAAGAGAGCUAAAAUCAUCAAACAAUUCGUCAAAAUAGCAAGGCACUGCAAGGACUGCAAGAACUUCAACUCUCUCUUUGCCAUCAUCAGCGGUCUUGGACAUGGCUGUGUGUCAAGAUUACGCAGCACCUGGGAUAAAGUGCCUGCCAAAUACGUCAAGAUGUUUGAGGAUCUACAAGACCUAAUGGAUCCAUCUAGGAACAUGUCCAAGUACCGUAACCUUGUCAGCUCAGAGCAGGUCCAACCCCCAUUGAUACCAUUUUUCCCAGUUGUUAAGAAGGAUCUGACUUUCAUUCAUCUCGGCAAUGACACCAAAGUGGAUGGUCUGAUCAACUUUGAGAAGCUGAGGAUGGUGUCUAGGGAGGUGCGCUACAUUGUCAGCAUGGCCAAUGCAGCAUAUGAUCCCCGUCAGCUGUUAGCUCCGAAGAUGACGGGCUCAGGCUCUCCUCUGAUUGGCUCCAGCCUAGCAUCAGUCAUGGGCUCCAGCGUCGCAACAUUGCCCCGGAAACGCAGCCAGGGCAGGCGCAGUUCAGCUGUCAUCAAUCCCAAGAAGAUGUGGGAGGAGUCUCAGAUGUGCCGGCGUGUCAAGCAAUAUCUGAGUGUUCUUGCCAUCGUACGAGAUGAAGAUGAGCUGAGAGAGUUAUCACUCAAGUGUGAACCAAUCGCCAAUUCAGCCAUUCAAAGGAUUACUGGUGGGGGCUCCAUGAACUCAGGCCAGAUGCGGCGUAGUUCUCAAACCAGUCAGAGUUCGUUGACCUCAACCCUGGCCCCACCUGCCACCACAUACAACAAGCAGGAGGAGGAGAUCAAGAAGAUCAUCUAUAAGGAUGCACCCAAGACGUCCUUUGGUGCCACGUCACCAAAGAAUCUUCGCAAGUUGUUAUCCCUCUCAGAGGAGGGGGAAUCACGUCUAAGCACCAUGAAGGUCCAGAAGUCAUCCCACUCCAAAGGCCCUCCAUCGUCUGGUCAGAGUAAAGUUGGUCCAGCCUCUCCAACGUCAAACGCCAUCAGUCGCACAAGACGAGUGGCCGUUACAAACCGAGGGUCAUCAGUCAGUACAUCAUCCACUGAAGGGAAUGGCGGUCGCAAGCUGAGCCCUCAGCGAAGUGACAGUGGAUAUGGAGGCAGUGAGGCAGGCUCCACUACAAGACAAGAACACAAGCCUAAACACAGGCAGACAGCAGGGCAACAGCCUGGUAUGACUGGACCAUAUGACAGCUCUGAUUCCAGCCAGAGUUGUCUGUCGUCAAACUAUGACACACAGAGCAACUCAUCCUUUGGUUCCUCCUCACCGCCGAUACGAGACCAUCAGUUCCCCAACGAUUUACCUGGGGGUACCUCAGUGCCUCUCAAUAACCAGCUCAAGCCUCGCAGUAGAUGGGCCAACCAGGAUGAUAGGCCCCGCCAACCCCCAGAAUACCAUACCGCUACCAAAGGCACACCGCCAAAGGCCUCAGGGAGGUCUUAUUCCCAACCACCCUCUGCUGCCCCUGAUAUGACACAGCGGCAGCCACCAGACUAUGCUGUGGCCACAGCUAGGAAACGAGAAAUGUCCAACUCAAAGUCAGAGGCUUGUGACUUUUAUGAUUCAGAUAAUGAACAAGUGUCUGUUGUAUGACUAGGCAUUUGAGGCACUUCCUUAUGCUAUGUAUAAGGGCUUGACUUCAGAGGGCUCUUCCAUCUUUAGAUCCUGAUUGCAAAUCGGAGUGAGGGAUCGGGAAAGCUGUGGUAUGAAACCCUCAGGCGCCCGGAAGCUCUGGCGUGAUGACAUGGAGUCCUUGCUAAGGCAGUCAGGGAAUCUGACUCAUGAAGAAUCAUCAAGGAAAUGGUGGUGUGAAGCCCAGGAGCUCUGAUGCCACAGCGUGGAAACCUUGGUAUUGUAGUCAGCAACAAGACUUGGGUGUGAGGUAUCAGGGAAACUGCAGAUUGUCAAACAAACUGUGAGAAACCUCUGAUGCUACAAUGUAAAAUGCUUUGGAAUGUAGUCAGGGAACAGGACUUGGGGAAUCGGGGCAAACUGUGGUGUAAAACAGUCUGGUGCACAGUGCCGCUACUGCACUGAAUUCUUGCUAAGGCAGGAUGCAGAGACUACAGCUGGUGUGUAGGCUGGUGACUCGAUCAUUGGCUCUUUGCUUGCAGGCACCAGUUGGCCAGAUGGUCUGGACACCAGACAAAAUGUGUGUGAAGUUAAGGCAGAGUCCAAAACAGGCUUCCAGAGCUACGGCUACGUCUAUUAUCAGCUUGUUCUGACGCAGCUGUUAUGGUCAAUGACCUAGACAACAGCUCGUUACAAGGAAUUAGGAUGUGACCUAUAUAACUACAAAAAAACAUGAUCAUGUGUGUGUUGAGCAAACUAGUCAUUCUUUACUCCAUUGAUGUGCACUUCAGUUGUUUCUCAAACACAGUCUCAUGAGCAUUUAAAUAUAGCAUCUCUACAUGAUUAGGACAACCAACGCUGAACAUUUGAAAAAUCAGAGUUCUUCUGUUGUAACAGUAGACUGGUACCUACCCCAUUACAUUUUGGCACAAGUGUGAGUAUUGAACAGACUGUAUUGAUUGGCCCUUGCUGGCGAUAUGCAGUAAAACAUUUCCAUUAUGUAAGUUGGUAUGUUUGAAUGUGUCAUGGUUCUGAAGGUGAGUGUGCUCUAAGAAAUUGCUGCUAAAUAGGUUUUCAUAUAUAAUCUGUUUUAAAAUUGAGCAAUGUAUUAAUUAUUGGGACUUUACACUUCUCAGCAUAAUGUCAGAGAGGGCCAGAAAACCCCAAAGAUUUUCCAGUAUAUCAAUCCCUAUUUUGCAUAUAUUGGGCAGGAAUCUGCUCAGGAUAUGCAAAUUAGCACAGCCUACUUCUAGAGUUGUAGUCAAGUGGUUGACAAGUCCAAUCAUACAUCAGUCACAAGUCAAACACAAGUAGGGUCGCAAGUUAUGAAGAAUGACAGGAAUGACAGGCUGUGUCACACUGCAUGUCAGUAGCCUGUCACUUAGUUCAGACUGGAGUGACUUGUGAGUGACUUGUGAUGACAUACGAAAACUCGCUCCAACUUUGCCACCGUUUCCUUGUAUGGGAAGAAUUCAUUCGUACCCAGUGCCUAAGGAUCGACAACAUUUUGCAAGCUGAUUUUACAAGAGCUCUGGUUAGUUUCUGAAACUUCGAGAAUGAUUAUAGCAGGAAUAACAAUGGCGGGCUAGGCUUGAAUUUUUUUUAUAAUGUUGUCGGGUGGUAUUUUGGCCAUAGAUUAAAUCAAAAACAAAUUGUUUUCAUAUUUUUGGGUAAUUCUGUGAUAUUUGGAAUUCAACAAAAAGUCCCACUAAACCCUGCUGCAAUUACUUGUGUAUCCAGCUAAUUUAGAAAUAAUCCAGCAGCUUGGAUAAAGAUUGGGGGGUGGUGUCCAAUGCAGGAUCAGUGAAGUUGGGAGAGCAAAUCAUCUUUGUGCAAAACACAACUUAAUUGGUUAAAGAAGUGUACGGUCUAGUGUCCCACUGAAAACCUUCAGUUGUCAAUAGAAUUGCUCUCUAGAGACAUACCAGUUGUAUACCAAUUGCUGUAUACAAUUGAUAUAUACAAUUUCCAAUACAGAUUUUACAAAUUGAAUUGUCUCUGAUGUAAAGUACAGGUAUUGUACAAAAUUGUAAGUGUUUGUAUUAAACUCCUCCAUAAUUUGCAGGGUUUUUGUUAAUGUUGCAAAUGUACUUGCCAGAAAAAAAACCCGCACUACAGAAACGGGCACACCGUCCACAUUUGGAAAUAUUUAGUUUUAGUCUUAGUUAAUUAAUAGUGAAACGUUCCUUGCCAGAAAGGACAAGGAAAAAGCUGACAAACAAAUGGAACAUACAUUGUAUUCUCUAGAAGAUCGAGUCAAAAAUUGACAGUUAUCGAAUGUCAUUCAUUAAUCACCAUCAUAUGUAUUCCUAAAUGUAAGCAGCAUAGAUAGUGCCUUUUUUGUAAUGUAAAAUCCUGGAAAUAUGGGCAUGUAAUGUCUAAUAAUGAUGUGCAUGUCAAUUACAGCCACAUUUUUAUGUAGCCUUACCCCAAACUCAUUAUCGUUAUCUUUUAUUUUUGACCAUAAAUGUGUCCUUUUUUUUACAAGUUUUAAAUGAGAAAAGUAUUAUUUUAGUUUUUUCUUUAAAUCUUUUCAGAACCAUUUAAAAAAAAUUUUUUCAGAACCAUUCUCUUAGUUGAGAAAUCAUUCGCACAUGGUGUUUUCGCAAACCUUUCAGUUAUUAAAUAUAGUGAGAUUUUGCUCUGUGGAAAGUUUGAAGCGUUACUUUGAAACAGUUGUGCAUAAACUAGGUGUGUGGUUUUACUGCAACAAUCCAAGAAAAUUUUUUCUAAAAGUGACUUUCUAAAUGCGCAACAGCACCCCUGUGUCAGGAAAUGACAUGGACAUUGAAAGCAAGAAAAGGUUCACAGUGAAGACAAUGUUUACACAAAAAACGUUUCUUUCUCUUUUUUUUUAUACUGUUGACUUGCACAAAUCAAAUUUCAGUGGGAUUGAUUUCAUGGGCCCUUUACAUCUAAAUGUAGGGUGUCGGUUGGGGGGGGGGGGAUUCAUUCAGUUGUCAAAAAAAAACACAAGAAAGUCAGCCCAACUUGAAUUCAAAUCAAUAUACUCUGAGCACUUCUUAUUUGGUAGAACACUGGAAUGCAGUGCAAGAUGGGGAGCCCAGUUCCUUUAUAGGUAGACUUUCUUACCACAACUACAUUACAUGUAUAAAUAGAGAACAAAAACUUCUGUUGCAGUUUUUGUUAAAUAAAUUCAUUGACUCCAGCAGAAAUCCACAAGAAUAAAGUCAUUUGAACGUAACAAAAGUGAAGACAAUCAUAAAUGUCACCAUUUCCAUUUAAGAAUUAUAAUUGCCACAUUCCAGGAUUAAUAUGUAUUGUGGUUUUUCCGUUUAUUAUCAUUAUUUGUAAAUAUGUAAAUAACUCUUUUAUAGUGCUGUUAAUGUUCAUGCUGUAGAACUUGCGGACCAGUCCAGCAGUUUCUUUUUGUAUGGCUCCACACGUGUGAUUAUGCUAAGCACCAAUUGCGAGUUGAGAACCAGACUUCAUGUUGGAAAGAUAUGUCGUGUUGACCUCUAUUUUCAUGCAGCGGCUGGUUUGCCUAUGUGUAAAAUACAUACAGCUAAUAUGUUCUGAUCGUGUACUGCAGUAUUGUUAUAGGUCCGGAUGUAGAUACUUGCUAGCUUGAUGUGGGCUUGCCUGGGCUAUUUACUUGGUUUCUGUAAAUUAUUCGUGCUGCUUUUAUAGAAGAUACAAAAAAACACAGUGGAACCAAACUGUAUCUAAAAUUAAUCUGUUUGAUAUGUAAAUCAAGGAGACACUUGUACAGAUUAGCCGAUAAUUUAAGAUGAAUUUUACUUUUAGUUUUUUUGGUUUUAUUCUUGUAUUUUUUUUUAAUUGGCCAGUUGUAAUGAGUGUGACAUUUAUAUUGGAAUGCAAUUCUUCCUGAAGCCAGCAUUCUUUUUCUCUUGUGUUUAUUACUGAAGUAGCAAUUGGAAGAGAGAGAACAGAACCCAGGCAUGAGUGGUAUAAUUGUAACAGUGAUAAUUUACACAGUAAACCAAUGCUUCUUGUUAUAAUAUAAUAUAAGGCCACUCUGUAACCAUCGCAAAGUAUUCAGUUGUUAUUAAUAAGCAAUCCGUGAUUCUAAAAAUGAACACUUGAUAUAUGUAAUUACCUUUGUAUGAAGUUGCAGUCUACAGGCAUCAGUAUGAGGCUUGGAACUUUGCAAUCAAAGUUAGGACCAAAUAGUCAGGUACCCGUGACGUGACCUGGUCCGGAGUAUGGUUGGCUGUUCGGGGAACAUGACCAAGAUGUCUAAGGUAUGAAAAGUCUCAUCACUGACUGUAGUAUUAUAUUCCACAAUUUCUUGAAAUAUUGUUGAGGAGAAUAAUGAAAAAUAAAUAGUCAUGAUACAAUACGA